CCCCAAUUUGCUGACGUUCAGCCUAGUUGCCAACAAUGUUAAUCAAAUCCACCAGCUGACGCAGAAUCCUUUUGUUCGAUACUUCCUACAUAUGUGCCUAUGAUGUACCAGUCAGCUUCAGAUCACCGUUUAGAUAGAUACUCACAGCUUGCAUCGAGAGCUAGCUCAUCCAAUAUGUCACAGUUUGAUACAGACACAGCAACAUCCAAACAAAGUCACCACCCUGAUAAAACCGAUACAGCCAUGGAGGACGCUAUGGCGAAACAAGUGCAGAUAAAGAUUCAUGAUGGCCCUGGGCCUGCAGGCACAAAGGGAAGAGACCAUGAGAUGAAGAUAAUGUGCUUUGAUCUGGGAUAUUUCAGUAGAACCGGACAAUUCUUAAUUCUUGUUGCUGGAGUAUUUGCCUUCUUUCUCGUUUAUGGAUAUUUUCAGGAGUUGAUAUUCCGCCUGGAAGGCUUCAGACCUUAUGGCUGGUAUCUGACUCUGAUACAGUUCCUUUGCUACACACUCUUUGGGUUCACUGAGAUGCAGUUUAAAGAAGAUAAGGCUAGAAGAAUACCACUGAGGACCUACUUUUUGAUAGCCUUCCUGACAGUGGCCACAAUGGGUCUCUCUAACAGUAGUGUAGGAUACCUCAACUACCCAACACAAGUGAUAUUUAAGUGCUGUAAACUUAUACCUGUACUUAUAGGAGGAAUACUCAUACAAGGUAAAAAAUAUGGCUACCUUGACUUCACAGCCUGCUUCAGUAUGAGUAUAGGUCUGAUUUUAUUCACAUUAGCUGACAGUAGCGUUCAGCCCUCGUUUGACCCAUAUGGUGUACUGCUCAUAUCCCUGGCACUUGUUGCUGAUGCUGUUAUAGGCAAUGUACAAGAGAAGGCAAUGAGACAUUAUAGCAGCAGCAAUUCUGAAAUGGUGCUCUACUCAUACUCUAUAGGCUUUGUGUAUAUAUUUGCUGGACUUGCAUUGUCAGGGCAGCUAGUAGAGGCAUUCAUGUUUUGCCUUAAGAGUCCUGUCAAGACCUAUGGUUAUGCUUUGGUAUUUUCCUUCAUGGGCUACAUGGGUGUCAACAUAGUCCUAACUUUGGUUAAGACAUUUGGGGCUUUACCUGCAGUUACAGUUACAACAUGUAGAAAGGCCCUAACUAUUAUCUUAUCAUUUGUCUUCUUCACCAAGCCCUUUACACUGCAGUAUGUCUGGUCAGGCCUUAUUGUCGUCCUAGGAAUAUAUCUCAACAUUUAUAGCAAAAAUCGAGCAACAUGGGACCCUGUACUCUAUUCACUCAUGGGCAAAGUGCUACACAGAUUACGUAAACCAAAGGGAGUCUUCAUGGGAUCUGCUGAAAACAUUGUGUAAUAUAACAUGACAGUUAAAGUUACAGAUAUAGCAUUUAAUAUAUUUUUAUGGUGGAAUUUUGUAUAUUUCUAAGGAUCUAACUUAUUAAUUUAUUGUU